GGUUUAGUCAUUUAUAAAACUAAGGUCAGCUAUAGCUGUUAGAAAUAAACUGUUACGUUUACAAAUUUAGUGAAAAGUGGAAGUUUCAUUGAUUGAAUGGUAAGAACUGAUUUCUAAUCGUUAGAGAGUGCUAUGUAGUUUCCUGCUGUUAUUAUUAUUGACCCCCGGGACAAACCGGGAAGUAAAUUAGAUAACAUUGUCAAGAUUAUAUUAAAAAAAAAACAAACAAAAAAACGAGAAAUUGUGCUGGAGGCGUAUAGAGAAUAAGAGAUAAGUGAAUGAAAACUAAGACUGCAUUCUAAGAGACAGCAAAAGAAAUAAAGGACGACAAGUAUUGUUUAAAUUUGGGAAACACAAUAUCGAAAUUUUGGAGAAAUACAAGAAGAGCCUUCUUUAAUCAGCAAUUGCUUUUUUUUGGUUGAUUGUAUAAUAAUAUAACAGCUAGAAUCAUAUAGCUUUCACCGUACUUGCCGAUUCCUAAUGACUGAAUGAUGAUAAUACCAAAUGAAGUUGGCAUAUUAUUAUGCAAAGGCUUAAGGAAGAUGCUAUACCAAACUUAUGCAACUUUGUUUAUUUAAAUUCAUGGUAGAAUUCCUGUGGAAUAUUUACUUGAACUGACAUUAAAAGCAAAAUUUCCCAACUUUUGCUGCCUAGAAAAAGUAAUAGAUGAUUUGAGAUUCUAAUGAAACUUGAGAAAACUUUACAAAGGAAAUCACAGUAUCUUCAGAUACUGACAAAGAUAUCAGUUGAUGGAAGUAAACCAGUAGAAAUAUUUGUACUGGUCAAAAUAUAAAAGUAAAAAGAAGAAAAAUAUCCUUAUAUUGUGGUGAAAAAAGAAAAAGUAUAGAAAAAUGAUUUAUGAGAGGAACUUAAAAGAUUGAUUUUUUUUUUUUUUUUACUGGAGAGAUGCCAAAAGAGAUAGUGAAAGCAUUAUACCAUUGUGAUAUCUGUGGUAUAUCAUUCUCUCAGAAAGGUAACUUAGUUACUCACAAACGUGUACAUACUGGAGAAAAACCAUAUUACUGUAAUAUCUGUGGUAAAUCAUUCUCACAAAGUCAUGCUUUAACUAAACACAAACGUAUUCAUACAGGAGAGAAGCCAUAUAACUGUGAUAUCUGUGGUAAGUCAUUCUCUGUAAAAUGUAACCUAACUACUCACAAACGGAUUCAUACAGGAGAGAAGCCAUAUCACUGUGGUAUUUGUGGUAAAUCAUUCUCUGAAAAUGGUGUCUUAACUAAACACAAACGCAUUCAUACAGGAGAGAAACCAUAUCGUUGUGAUAUUUGUGGUGAAUCAUUUUCUGAAAAUGGUAUCUUAACUAAACACAAACGCAUUCAUACUGGAGAGAAGCCAUAUCACUGUGAUAUCUGUGGUAAAUCAUUCUCACGAAAUGAUCACUUAACUAGGCACAAAUACACUCAUACAGGAAUUAAGUUAUACAACUGUGAUAUCUGUGGUAAAUCUUUCUCUGAAAAUGGUGUCUUAACUAAACACAAGCGCAUUCAUACAGGAGAGAAACCAUAUCACUGUGAUAUUUGUGGUCAGUCAUUUUCUGAGAGUAGUACUUUAACUAUUCACAAACGAAUUCAUACAGGAGAGAAACCAUAUCACUGUGAUUUCUGUGGUAAAUCAUUCUCUCAUACAGGGAACUUAAACAAACACAAAUAUGUUCAUACAGUAUUCUAUCAUAUCAAGAAAGCGAACCGUAAUAGAUUACCAGGACAUUUCUCGGCUUUUAAGAAUUCUCUGAGAAUUAAUAUGGGAGAUGUUAAUAACUUGAACACUUCUAACACAAUUGUUUUUACCAAUACAAAUACAGUUAAACAGACAUACAGCAAUGAAAAAUCUUUACGAAGUAAAACCUUUUCUGUGCAAAGAUCAUCACACAGAAAUGUUCCAGAAUUUUGCUGUGAGAUUUGUAAGAAAACAUAUCCUUCAAAACAUGAAGCCUUCAAACACAAAGAAACACACAAGGAAAACCCCUAUCAUUGUGAAAUGUGUGGGAAAUAUUUUGUUUCACGGACGAAAUUAACAAAACACAGAAGGAUUCACACUAGGGAAAAACUUUUCCUUUGUAAAAUUUGUGGGAAAUCUUUCAUGAAGAAUUCGAAUCUUGUUGUUCACAUACGUAGUCAUACUGGAGAAAAACCCUUUAGCUGUGAAAUAUGCGGGAAAUCUUUCGUGGACAAUUGUUAUUUAAAAAAACACAAAACAUUACACACAGGAGAAAAACCGAAUCGCUGUGAGAUAUGUGGCAAAUCUUUCAUUAGUAGUUCGAAUCUUGUUAUCCACAAACGUAGUCACACUGGAGAAAAACCUUACUGUUGUAAAAUAUGUGGAAAAUCUUUUGCCUCUAAUUGUCACUUAAACAGACACAAACGCUUACAUUCUGGUGAAAAACCAUACUGCUGUGAUAUUUGUGGGAAGUCUUUUGUCUCAAAUGGUAAUUUAAGCAGACAUUCAAGGAUACACACGGGGGAAAAACCUUAUCGUUGUGUAAUAUGUGGAAAAUCAUUUACCACUCACAGUCUUUUAAAAACGCAUGCAAUGACACACACUGGUAAUAAGCCUUAUAAUUGUGAAAUUUGUGGAAAAUCAUUCGUUAGAAAUUCUGAUCUUGUGGUUCACAAACGUAGACACACUGGAGAAAAACCAUUUCAUUGUAAAAUAUGUAGCAAAUCUUUCAUAUCCAACAGUGAAUUAAACAGGCACAAAAGAAUACAUACUGGAGUAAAGCCGUUUCAAUGUCAAGUAUGUGGCAAAUCAUUCUUUAGUAAUUCAAAACUUGUUUACCACAAUCGAAGUCACACUGGUGAAAAGCCCUAUCGUUGUGAAAUAUGUGGAAAGCCUUUUGUUUCUAACUCUAGUUUGACAAUACAUAGAAGAAUACACACUGGAGAGAAGUUGUUUCACUGUGAAACGUGUGGAAAAUCAUUUGUCUCCAAUGGUGAUUUAACAAAACACAAAAGAACGCACACUGGAGAGAAGCUGUUUCGCUGUGAGAUUUGCGGGAAAUCUUUUACCCAGAGUUCUAGCUUUGUUAUUCACAGAAGAAUACACACCGGAGAAGAACCUUAUCAUUGUGUAACGUGUGGGAAAUCGUUUAUCAGCAGCAGUAUCUUAAAGACACACAAGCAAACACACUCAGGAAGGAAGCCUUUCAACAGAAAAAAGUGAAAGAAUCAUUCUGUUGCAAAUUUAAACUCAUAGUCCACAACUGGUACACACUGAAGAACAUUUGGCAUGGAGAAAUGAUUCCCUUAAAGUUCUCAACUACAUACACACACAUAUAUAUAUAUAUGUAAUAAUAAUAUUAGGGACAAAAUCCAAAAUUACAGGUAAAAACUCAAUUAAAAUCAAUUUAUAAAAAAUUAAAAUUAAAUCGAGCUUUAUAGAUUAAAAUAUAUAGUUUUAGGGAAAAUAACCAAGUUUCAAGAACUCAUCGAUGAGUUCUUGAAACUUGGUUAUUUUUUCUCUCUCUCUCUCUCUCUCUCUCUUUCUCUCUCUCUCUCUCUCUAUAUAUAUGAUCAGUACAUGUGUGGUAGGGUGGAGUGAAAAUAAAAAAUUGUGGAAAUUAAAAAUGCCUGAGGGCUAAAAUGUUGCUAUAUUUCAUUACUAGAAAAAUGCUAAAUUUUCGCUGAAAUCAAUGAAGGGCAUUUCCUCCCUCGUGCCCCCCUAAACUCCAAAAAUGGGGAUUUUUGUAAUUUUUUACAAUUGCGAAGUUUGAGGGAGUAAAUGUCCUUGACUGAUCUAAGAUAAAAUUCAGCAUUUUUCUACUAAUCAAAUAUAGCAACAUUUUAGCCCUUAGGUAUUUUCAAUAUAGCAAGAUUUUAGGUCUCGGACAUUUUCAAUUUCCACAAUUUGCUAUUUUCACUCCACCCCAGAUUUCAUAAUCUAUAUACCCACACUCACAUACAUGUGUGUUAGGGUGGAGUGAAAAUAAAAAAUUGUGGAAAUUGAAAAUGCCUAAGAGCUAAAAUGUUGCUAUAGUUGAUUAAUAGAAAAAUGCUAAAUUUUCACUUUGAUCAGUGAAAGACAUUAACUCCCUCAACCUCUUCAAACACUGCUAUUGUAAAAAAAUUUUCAAAACUUCCCCAUUUUCAGAGUUUAGGGGGCUUGAGGGAGUAAGUGCCCUUGAUUGAUUUCAAUGAAAAUUUAGUAUCUUUCUCAUAAUCAAAUAUAGCAGCAUUUUAGCCCUCAGGCAUUUUCAAUUUCCACAUUUUAAAAAUUUUCACUCCACCCUUCUGUGUGGUAAGACAUUUGUUUCCCAACUACAUGACUAGGUUUAGUUUCACUGCAUGGCACCAGGAGCAAGUGUCUUCUACAUUGGCCUUGUGAGUAGAUUUGGUAGGCUGAGGCUGAAAGAACCCUGUCGUGUGUAUGUGUAUAUAUAAUAUAUAUGUGUGUGUUUGUCUUCUCCCCACACACACUGCUUUAUCAAAACUGAAAUGUUUUUCUGUUAUUGAUGUUUUACCCCAGAUUAAAAAAAUUCUCUCUCAAACAUUACUAGCAAACUUUGUCAGAACCACCUUUCCUUCUUUAACACUUUGUUUUGAUAUCAAUCCAUGUUAAAUAAUUUUGGAAAUAAAUUCCUAUUUUCAAGUUGUA